AUGCACUUCUCCAACGCCGUUCUUGCUUUCGGAGCUUGCUUCUCUCAGCUCACCGUCAUGGCUCAGGGCUUCGCGUUCACUGCAUGGCCAAAGGAGAUCCACCCUGGACAGUCCACCACGGUGAAGUGGGACGGAGCAUCGAGUGAGCCUGUUACGAUCGAACUAUGCAGAGGUGAAUCGACAAACCUGCACCGUGUCAAGACCAUCACUGCCGAGGUUUCUGGAGACGAUGGCUCUUUCACCUGGGUUCCCAAGGACGAUAUCGAAGAUGGUGACGACUACGCCUUGACCAUCAAGCAAGGUGACGAUACGAACUAUACCGGACAUCUGAAGGUCGUCCAUGAUGAGACGCACAUCCCACCCGCCAAGGGCCCUAACCCCUCGAACGCUACGACCACCACGCUCUCUGCGGCUCGUCCUACCCACACGAGUGCCAAGUCGUUGUCCGACGAUGCUCGCGUUGUUUCCGGCAAAAGCACUGUGGACCACGAGGAGCAGACCGGUGCGGCUUCGUUUAUCGGCGUGUCUGUUCACUUGGCACUGGGGGCUGUCGCCGCGGUUUUCGUCUUCACGACAUAG